AAUAAUAUAAAUCCGAUGCCAAACAGGAUAACAGUGUGCCCUAAGAUCACUUGCUCUGUUACGAAGAUCAUGUCUGGGAUGUAUGCUCCUCCGUCUUACGGAGGCGGUGGAGGAGGAGGUUAUGGAGGCGACGGUGGUCGUAGUAGUGGAGGUCAUGGAGGCCGAAGUGGUAGUGGUUAUGGAGGUGGCGGUAGGAGAGGCGGAAGCGGCCGCGGCUACGAAGGGAGUUCACAAUACCGAGGAGGAGGUGGUGGAGGAGGAGGAUAUAACGGAGGGGAUCGUGGCGGCCGUGGUCGUGGCAGUGGCGGCGGUAGAGGAGGAAGCGGCAGGGACGGUGACUGGAUUUGCCCUAAUCCAAGCUGUGGUAAUGUGAACUUUGCCAAAAGAGUUGAGUGUAACAAAUGUGGUGCUCCCACCCCUGCGGGUGGCAAUGAUCGUAGUGGUAACAGUGGCAGCGGUGGGUAUAGUAGAGGAGGAAGUGGAGGUGGAUAUGGAAUUAAUCAAGGGGUUAUAGGUGGAAAUUAUGAUGGGGCUAGAAGCAGCAAUUACAAUGGAGGAAGAGGUGGUGACUUUGAUGGGAGGAGUGGUGGUGGCAGCCGAGGGGGAUCCUAUGGUGGUAAUCAAGGAAUGGGGGACCGUGUCUAUGAUCAGGCUCCUUCACUUGCUCCUCCUCAUAGUGGUGCUGGUGGAAACUCCUAUGGGGGUGACACAAAUUAUGAAAUAGACACAGUUCCUCCACCAUCUAGCUAUAUUGGUGGUCCAACAUCAUUCCCUCCGUCCUAUGGUGGCCCUGUUGGUGGUUAUGGUGGUGAUGCCAGGGGGAACCCUAGAAGUGGCAAUAGGGGUGCUCCUCCUGGUGGAUAUGCUGCUGGUGGUCAUUGGCAUCAGGGUGAUGGUCAUGGUUCUCCUGCUGAUGCUUCUGUUGAAAUUAAGCAGUGUGAUUGGAAUUGUGGUGAUUCUUGUGACAACUCCAGAAUAUAUAUAUCAAAUCUGCCUCCGGAUGUGACCAUAGAAGAACUUAGAGCACUCUUUUCCGGCAUUGGACAAGUUGGAAGAAUUAAGCAGAAGCGAGGUUAUAAAGAUCAGUGGCCCUGGAACAUUAAAAUAUACACUGAUGAGAAGGGAAACAAUAAGGGAGAUGCAUGUCUGUCUUAUGAAGAUCCAUCUGCUGCUCAUUCCGCUGGCGGGUUUUUCAAUGAUUAUGAUAUGAGGGGUUAUAAAAUCAGUGUUACAAUGGCAGAAAAAACAGCUCUCAGGGCUCCACCGUCAUACAACAAUGGAGGUGGUGGUAGAGGUGGCUAUGGGGGUGGAGACCGCAGAAAUAAUAACAGAGAAGGUGGUUCAGGGCCUGAUAGACACCAAUACGGGGGAAAUCGUUCUCGCCCAUACUGAUAGCGUCUAAACAUUUUAAUGUACUAAGAAUUUGUGAUCUAAGGGAUUUUGUUGUAUUCCAUUGGCAAGGUUGUUCUGAACUGGAGAUUAAGAGGUAGGUUGUUCACUUAUUAAUACCCCUUGUUAUCCUCCUGCCUCUGCCGGUUCUUGGAGGCGUUGAACUACUAGGCAUGAGAUUGACUUUAUUAUGUGAAUGCCUUUAUAGAGACAAGUGGAUUAACUCCUAUAUUGCUUGCUGCUUAAGGUGAGUUCUAAUCUUUCACAACAA